GUUUGCUUUUUGGUGUUCUUCAAGGCCGCGCUCUCUCUCUCCCUCGUACGUGUUUAACGGCAGGAUGGAAUCAAUGAAGUUGGCUAAGAAACAAAAUAAUGCCUUUGCUAGCCCACCUGAAUAUGGUGCAAUAUUCAUGUCGAAUACUGCGACAAAAAAGGAGUGUCUGAGACGAAAACUAUUUGGCCUUCCAUCUAUGCAUUGCCACUUUGUAAAACAUAUUAAAGCUGGAAUGAUCUUGUUUCUGUUCGAAUAUAAAAAGCGGUUACUCUAUGGUGUAUUUGAGGCAUGUUCAGAUGGCGGAAUGAAUAUUGUCCACAAUGCUUUCAAUUCAUCAGGAAUGCAUUUUCCGGCUCAGGUGAAGUUCAAGACUAUUUGGGUAUGUGAGCCACUUCCUGAGAAUGAAUUCCGUGAUGCAAUCAAGGAGAAUUAUUUCACAGCAAAAAAGUUUAAUUUCGGGCUCUCUAAAGCUCAGGUUUGGAGACUUCUACAGUUGUUUAGUUCGAGAAAAUUAGGCGAGCCUGAGCAACAAUUGGCCAAGGGUAGAAAUGCAAAAUCAGCUGUGCACUCAUUGGACAGAGUCAGACAAGUUGAUGAUAGCAGUUGUGAAGUUAAUGAUAGAGUAAAUGGUGUUCAUGUUUGGGGAAAUAGUGAUGUGGAUAGUGAGCCUAAAUCAGCCACUACUACUGAUGAUCUGGUGUUGGAGUUUGAUAAAGUGGAAAGCAACAAUAGCAAGUUCCAAAUGCAUGGAUGGGGAAGGAACGCAUAUCCCCUGCACACUGAACUUCUGCCAGCCAUUCCAACCAAGUACUCCAAGUAUCAUUUUGGCGAGGUCAGAAGACUUCCAGGUGAUGAGUUUCAUGUGAAUGAUGGGUUUCAAAUUGAGUGUCACAAGGACAGCGAUUUUGAACCUGCCAUUGGAAGUGAGUAUCCUUCUUUGCUUCAGUCUAAACUUAGGUCCGACGUUUCUACGAAGCCUCUUUUUGUACCAACUCCUUUAGCUUCAGAGAAAACAAAGCCACCUUCCCCAAUUCACCAUCAAAUGGAGUUAGAACUGCUGGCUAACCUUUCUUCUAAAGCGUCUUACAGAGAUGCGGUUGUUAUGAGCCCUCACUCUUACGAUUCUGUUGCUCCUGGUUUGAACUAUCAAUGCCCAUCAUCGAAUAAUGUCAAUGUCCAUUCUAUAGGAGGAUGUCUUCCACCUUAUGGUUAUUCUGAGAAUGUCAUUUCUUCCUCAAGAAAACAACCAUUUUCAUCAUAUUCAGAGCCAAAAGGAAUUGACAAAUUCCUAAACAAAAAUUCAACAUAUAGGGACCACACUUGUUUCUCAGUUCUUAAUCCUAUUGACAAUUCACAUCAUGGGACAAUUAUUGGUUUGUCACAGGCGUCAUAUUCUGAAAACUUGGAUGCAAAAUCCUUAAAGGAUCAAACUUACACUGGCUUGUCCUCUUUAAAGUUCUCUGCGGCAGCAGAUAUGCCGUCCGUGAGAACCACAAUCAAUCCAAGGGAGAACAAGUUCUCAUAUUAUCCACUCAGUUCCCACAAGUAUUCUUCGAUGGAUGAUUAUGGCUAUCAAGUAGAACCAGAAGACCAUCUAGAGCACGAAGCCACUUGGAGGAAGAAAGGUGAAGCUCUUAUGGAUAAUACGACUUCAACAUAUGAGGACUCAUUCACAUUGCAAGGUUGUGUUUCCUCUGUUGAUCCUCAUACUGUGCAGAAUUAUGAGCAUAAUUGUGAUAUCGAGCCUUACCAAAGUUCUGACACAUUAUACUCUGUUCCUCCUAAGAAUAGGAUCAGUGUGUUUUCUCGCUUAGCUUUUGCUCCAGAUGCACAUCUAUCAGGGCAUAAUGCUGAGAUUCACUAUGAGGUUAGCAAUUCGUCCAAGUCAGUGCAUGGAAUCAUGGAAAUGUUGGAUAAGAAUCACAAUCAGUGGGUUAAGUUGAAGAAGUCCAAACCAGGGAAUAAACAAGAUGAUGUUGAAAACCUUAGGAACAAAAGAAAAGUUACCUCUUCCUGUAAGGCAGAGAAAGAUUGCUUGAGAGUUUCGGCAAAGGAUAAGCAAAGCUUGCCAGCUGGAGCAGAUGUUAUAAAUGUCGAUUGUUCUCUAGCUGGAGCAGAGGAUAUGGAAGGGGUUUUCUCUAUGGAGAAAGUGACUCAAUUGGGUGAAGCGAUGCCAUUUUUCAAUUUCAAGCGCCGAAGUGAAAUGCGCAAGCUUCAUCAUGAUGGGGGUACUACAUAUUGUAAUGUAACUUCAGAGAUUGAGGGUGUGUCGGUAGGGCAACAAAAGAAAAGAAAGUUGGUUAGGCCAAAUUUCAGUAAGAAUGUCUCCUCUGUCCAUGAAGGCGUAGAGAAUUAUACUCUGAUUUUACAAGAAUCAGCGCAAGAAAUUCCUAUCAUGAAAGACAAAACAGGAGGUUGUGAGGCUUCAAUAGUAAACCAGAAGGAUGAAAAGGAAAUCUCAUUUCAUAGUGGGAAAGAGCCGCAUUUGAUCUCUCGACCCUAUCAUGGAGAUUGGGACUUCAAUAGUGAAAGAAGAGACACAAGAGUCGGAAGUUGCAUCAGCUCCAAUAGGAUUGGGGAUGAAGUUGGAAAAGCGUCUGCAAAGAACAAAAUCGACAUCCGACAUGCUGCAGCCCCGAGUAUCUGUGAAGAUAAGAAUCCUGAUGGCGGUUUGACGGGAAAUGGGCCAUUCCUAGAUCAUCAUAAAACGUGCCAUUUCUUUGGGCAAGAAACACUUCCGCGACUACCUGAAGAGAAAGUCGCAACUGGAACUGAAUUUUCUGGAGAUGAAUGUGAAAUGAACAACAAAGUGGAAUUGCUUCCAACUUCUCAAAGUGUUAAUGAAACGUGUCCAAACAGUUCUGAACAUCAUGCUACCACGAAAACAAUGAAAGGCUCAAGUAAUCAACUUUCUGAACUGCAGAGAGAGGGCAAAGAACACACCGCUCUCUAUGUAGACACUUGCAAGGAAAACGUCCCGCAGACUUCUCCGAGAUCCAGUACAAAGCCAUCGGAGGAAUCUAAUGGCAAACCUGUUUGUAUCUCAUGAAGGCUAAGGGAAAAAAAGGAAGCUGAAGAGAUGAAAUUCACGUAAAUGAUGCUAAGGUAUUAAGAAUGAACCUAAAUCUAAUCCUUGCACUAUUAAAUACAAUAUUUUGCGAGUGCUGGUGUAAAUGAUGAGCGCAAGGCUAACAAAUAGCUUCUUUUAUUUGUUUUUAUUUUUUAUUUUUUUUUAAUCCUUUCAAAUAUUAGGUAGUAUUGAACUUUGCUAAAAGACCAAAUCCAACCACUAGUUACUUGGUUUGUCAAUGGUUGUGCAGUUGGCAUAAAUUUUAUAGUUUUUCUUUUGUUUGUCA